AUUAUCAUUUGUUGUUGUUUCGUCGCAGAGUUCGGACGUGUAGUUUUCCGAGGUGCACAUUGGAAGUCGUUCGGCUCGUUGCGUUAAUUUCAUUUUUUUUUCUGUGUAAUUUUGUUUUGCAUACUAAACGCAAACAGACACACGACCACGACGGAGUCGUUUUGACUAACCGAUACCGAUACCCAAUGUCCGUGCCCAGGCAUCAGCAGAUGUGAAAUGUGACGGCACGACGAAAAAGUGUCCGCAAUCGCGCAGCCGAGGCGACAAAAACCAUUUUGCAAAAGAAGAAAAAAAGAAAAAAGAAAUAGAAAAAAGUGAGAGGAAUCGGCAGCGACGCUCACGCGUUGCGCCCCCAUUCAAAAUAAAAGUGAAAACGUGCAAAAUACACAAUCCAAAAAAGAAAGAACAGCAGCUAUAGAGUAUUCAUUUUAAUCCAAAAAUGUGCGACGCUGUCGCAACUACAAUCACAACCACAACAACAGCAGCAGCAGGACCAGGAACAGGAGCAGGCACGGGAACGGUUAGUGCUGCUGCCGAUACAGCGACAGCAAUGGAGGAGCGUACGCGACAAAGCUGCUGUCGCCUAUGCAUAGCGCCCGCCAGCGAAUGCAUUUCGAUCAUUAACAGUUAUGCGGCCGAUAAGGAGCCACUGGCCACUAAAAUACACAACUGCGUAAAUAUCAAGAUCACGCCGUUGGAUCGUCUAUCGCUGCAUAUUUGCCAUGCCUGCAUCAGCUAUUUGAACUCUUGGCAGAGCUUUAAGAAUCGCUGCCUCAGCUCACAGUCCAAGCAGCGGCAAUGGCUGGACACCGAUAAAAGCAAGCAGCAGACACUUUUAGGAUAUUUGGAUUUGAACAAAACGGAGAAUGGCAGCUCAAUUGAACAGCAGCACGAGACGAACAUCGAUUCGGCGACAGUUGCAGCUGAAAAGGCGUCCGCCAACAUAUUGGAUGGCAUACCCUCGCUGAAGAAACGCAAAUCGUUAACAGUCUAUCCGCUGCCUGCCGUGCCUAUCAAGGAUGAGCCCAUUGACGACACGGAUGAUGACUUCCAAAUGAAGUGCAUAGACGAAUCCGAUGAUAUGAUGGAUCCAACAAUGUUCCUAGAGCGCUCCGAGCAUGAGGGUGAUGUGCCACUAAUGACCUCCGACUAUGAUUACACGGCGCAGCAUGGCGUGACGGCGGUUGCGGCGGCGGCAUCGCUGCCCGCCAGCGCGGUUGCAAAUGUGGCAGCCGCUGGCGACUCCAAGGUGGCCAGCUGUCGUGCCUGCAGUCUGCAGUUCUCGACGCGCGCGAAUGCGCGACGCCACGAGCGCAAUCUCCAUCCAAAUCUGUUCCAAUUGUCGACAGACUCGCCAAAUAAUACGCCCAUCACAAAACCGACGCCGGCAUUGGCAGCCGCGCUGGAGAUACAGCGUGCAGCUGCCGCGGCAGCGGCCACCGCGGAGGCAACAAAAGCUGCCGCUGGUGGCAACAUAUCAGCGCAAAAGUAUCGCCAGGUGGUCAUGAACACGUUCAUCAAGUGCGAGAACGGCGGCUUCGACUACGACAAUCCGGAACAGUAUCAGCAGCUGCUGACCCGCGACAAGGUUGAGUUCAUUCAGGAGAACAACGAGUUUCUGGAGCAGUACCAGACGAUGACCUGCCGCUGCUGCAACAAAUACUUUAACACAUACAAGAACUUUAUGGCGCACGUACGCAAAAAGUAUCCGCUGCUGCCGCGCAAUUUAUGCUUCAACUGCCUCAAGAUGAACGACUCCAAGGCACUGUUCAUAUCGCAUCUGAAGAAACGCAAUUGCAUCAAUUUGUAUCGCGUUCUCAACGCUCUCCGCGUCAAGCAGCCAAACUUCUCGCAUGCCACCGCAUCCGGAGCGGCUGUCUCAACCGAUAUGAGUGGUGUUCAAGGUGCUGCUGCUGCAGGGGCAACAGCACACGAAACAUCAAUGGAACGGCCAGAGAAGCUACGCGCCAAGGAGCUGCUGGUGAACAAACUAUAUGAGUGCAAGCUCUGCCCAAAGGGAUUUCGCACCAAGCACGAAUUCCGCACCCACGUGUACGACAAGCAUGCGGAUGUGCAGCGCAAGGAUAACAAUUCGAUACAGUGCAGCUUCUGUGGAUUGGACUUUGCCGAUCCGGUAGAUCGUCGCCGUCACUACAACAACAUGGACUGCAUUGUGCGGCUACGAUGCAUGACCUGCGAUGCCAAGCUAGAGACGCAUCAGCGCUUCCUCGAUCAUGUCUAUCAGGAUCAUUUGGGCGGCGUCAGUAGCGACAAUGCGUCCACCGCGAAUAGCGGCAUGGAUCAUUCGCCAGGCAAGCGUAGCCUGCUGGGCGCUCUGGGCAUUGGUGUCAGUCAGUCAUCCAAUGAUGAGUCGCGCAGCAGCAGCCACAACAACAACAAUGCCGUGGAAACGCCGCUAACCUCAACACCGAAACCAGCUGCAGCUGGAUCGGGAACUGCAGCUGCGGCGACCAGUGGCGGCUCCACAUCUGGCAAUCGCGAUGCUCCCAAAUCGCAGUAUUUUUCCCGCAUGCCGCAGGUGUGCCCCAUCUGUGGCCAACAGUACAACAACUAUAACAACGUGCUGCGCCACAUGGAGUCAAAGCAUCCCAAUAAACUGCCCGAGACGUACAAAUGUGUACGCUGCGGCCUUGGCUAUCCGCGAAUCUCAUAUCUGCGCGAGCACAUGAUUAAUGUGCAUGGCGUGGACAAGAAUCGGCAUUCCGGAGGCUUUGAGUAUAUUGUGAAUGCCGAUGCUGUUAAAUUGGCGGAUGGCAGCACGCCCAAUGUCUACACCGGACGCUAUGAUUAUGUGAUGAAGGAUCUGAUGUCAAUAACAAAUGGUGGGACACUCGAUGAUGAGGAGGAAGAAAGCGGCAGCGUUGCCAAAAAGAUGCGACUCGAUGACAGCAGCAACAACAGCAGCAUCAACAUGAGCAUCGCCAAUCAGCAAAAGGAAUGCCUCAUCUGCAAUGCGGUGUUCAGCAACAACAUUGGGCUAUCUAAUCACAUGCGCUCGCAUUAUACCGCCUCCACGACAACGAGUGCAGCGCUGGCGGCGGCCAAUCGCAUGACGCCAAAGUCGCUGACAAUUACCGCAACGCCGCCGCUGGAAACGGCUGCCGCAUCGUCCACAAGUAUUGCGGUCUCGACGGCGGCGGCGGCGGCGGGGGCGGCAACAACAGCAACAACGCCCGCCACAAGCACAGCUGCAGCAGCUGCGAGUGCAACUACAACAACAAGUACAACAGCUGCCGCUGCCGCCGCCGCCGCGUCUGGCAAUUUGCCGCCAGCGAUGGCACAUCAAACGCCACAGGAGCAGGCAGUAUUCCGACGUAGCCUGGAUCAGGCAGCCGAUCGUCGCUUUCGGCGUAUGCGCUGUCGCAUCUGCCAGCGCAGAUUUAGCUCGAAAAAAUCGUACCGCUACCACAUGCUGACCGACCAUCAGGUGCAGAACGUGCAGUUCAUCAAGUGCAAGCUGUGCAAUGCGGAGUUCGCCUACGAGAAGGGCCUCAAGGUGCAUCUCUUCAAGGUGCACGGACGGGCCAUUAAGGAUGAAAUGAUUGUGAAGCAGUUUGAGUGCGAUAUCUGCUCCAUUGUCUACAGCUCUGAGCUGGAGCUGCAUCAGCACAAGCGCAGCGUGCACAAGUCCCAGCUGGGGGCCGCCAGUGAUGCAGCCAAGUCUAAAUCGUCAGCUGCUUCCUCAACUGCUGCUGACCUUGCUGACACGUCCGGCACGGCUGUGCCAGCCCUGCCUCUCUAUUGGUACCAGUGCAAGUACUGUCCAUCCAAUUUUAACACUAACAAAAAACUGGCCAUACACAUCAACUCGCACGACGAGUUCGACUCGAAUGAUUACUCGUGCAAGGACUGCGGCAAUGUCUACAGUGGCCGUAAAAGCCUUUGGGUGCAUCGCUAUAAGAAGCAUCCGCAGGUGCCAGAUCCCGCUGAAUGUACGCUGUGCCGCAAGAUGUUCUUUGACCGCCAGAUGCUGGAGAAUCACACGCCCACCUGCAAUCGAAAGCCCAUCACUGCCACCGGCGCCCAUCAGCAGGAUUCGCAGCAGCAGCAACAACAACAACAGCAGCAGCAGCAGCUGCAACUGCAGCAGCAGCGCGGCAUAUUCAAGCACAAAACGGGCGACGAUGACGAGGAGGAGGAUGACGAUCAGCUGAUGGUGCUGGACGAUGGUGUCUGCGUCGGCAGUAGCAGCAACGGUGGCAAUGCUGCAACAGCAUCAGCGUCAAGCAAUGCCAAUAGCAGCACAUUGAAAAUACGCAUACCGGAGGUGGCGUGCACCAUUUGCGGUGCCCGGUUCACCGAUCAGGAGAUGUUCAGCAAGCAUAUACAGAAACAUGAACAGGAUCUGUAUGUGGAUAAUCCAUUGGCGGCCAUGUUCGAUGAUGGACCAGCGGACGCUGGCCAAUUUCAGGUGGAGCGCCAGAACGAGAACGGGGAAUAUGCGUGCGAUCUGUGCGCCAAGACGUUCCCCCAGGUGAUAGCGCUCAAGGUGCAUCGCAAGUGGCAUUUCAGAGGUGAUAGCAAGCAGAAUCCCAUCAUCGACGGCGAAGCGACAACGCUGAACAACAGCAACAACAACAACAACAACAACAACAACAACAACAAUUCAGUGAGCUCCUCAUCGAUGCUCCAUCUGCGCGAACUGCAUGCUGUUGGCCUGAUGCCCAAUCAACAGCACCAGAAACAACAGCAACAACAACAACAACUCCAGCAGCAGCAGCAACAACAACAACAACAACAACAUCAGCAAAGGAAGUCGCUGAAACGGAAACGUGAACUUAAAUGCGAAUAUUGCGCAUCCACAUUCAUUAGCAACAACAACCUGCGUCGCCACAUGUACGAGCUGCACAAGCACGAGGUCAGCAAUCUGCCGGAGCCGCCAGUGAUUGAAGUGGAUGAGCCUUUAACUUGUCGCCGUUGCGGCGAUCUACGGUUUGAUACCAAAGAGCUGUGGAUCGAGCAUAAAUUGGCCGAUGCCAAAGUUGUGCGUCCAUUCUGUCCAUUCCAAUGGGGCUGUGAUCUGUGCGGCGAGUACUUGUCGCGCAAGGAGAAGCUCAUCAAUCACAUUAACAAUCAUCUCAAAGAGGAUGUAAUUGUACCUGUGGCGGUGGCCACCAAGUCAGCGUCAACAGUUCCCAGCAAGAAUUCAACAACAAAAUCUGAGGCAACUUCAGCAGCGGCAGCAGCAACAGCAGCAUCAGCAGCGGCAGCAACAGGAGCCACAAAGGGCAUAAUAAGACCGGGAGCAGUAAGAUUGCUUAAAAACAAACAAUUGGAUGAGCUGCAGGAGCAGCUAGACAUGAAGGUGGCGAAGCUGUCCAAACAGCAGCAAAAUGUUCAUGUGGCGCAUGAUGAUGGGGCGGAGGCGGGACAGGAGCAGGAGCAGGGGCAACCGGCGGCGGAUGAUAGUGAUAUGGAUGAUGAUAGCGAUAGUGGCGAGGAUGAUGAGGAUAGCACAAGCGCUGAUGAUGACGACGACGACGACGAUGACGACGACGACGACGAUGAUGAUGAUGAUGAUGAUGAUGACGACGAUGAGGGCGAUGUGGACGAUGACGAUGACGAAGAUAUUGUGGAACAGCAGCUGCUGCAACAACAACAACAACAACACGUAGUUGCAAAUGACGAUGACGAUGAUCUCAUUGAGGAGGUAAUCGAGGAUGAUGGCAUUGUCGAGGAGCUAGAAGAUGAUGAGGACGAUGACGAUGACGAGGACGAGGCUGAGGCCGAUGGCGUUGUUGAUGAUGACGACGAUGGUAACACAACGGAUGAGCAUAUGGCGCUGCCUUCCAAUGCCACCAAACAGCAGCCGAGGCGCCUCAACUUUGACUACGCGCGCACAGACAGCUCCAAGCUGAACGGCAAUAGCAAUGGCAAACAGACGCCGCAGCAUCAGCAAAAGUCAAAGGGUCAGCAGGCGGUGCUGGUCGUGCACAGCUCAGAGGAUGAGGAUGAGGCUGAUGUCGAUGGGAAUGGUGAUGAGGAUGUGGAUGAUGUGGAUGAUGAUGAGGAGGAGGAGGAUGAGGGCGUGGGUGAAGCAAUGACCAUUGAUGAUAUUAUUGAAGAAGAUGAUGGGGAGGAUGAUGACGAUGUGGUUGGUGUCGAUGGUGGUGUUGUUGAGGAUGAUGAUGAUGAUGUUGACGAAGAUAUGGACGAGGAUGACGUUGAAGACGACGACGACGACGAUGAUGACGUCGACGACGACGACGGCGAAAAUUAUGAUAAUGGUGGUGCUGGUGCUAGUCGUCGCACUGGCGCCGCCACUGGCAAUGGCAGUGGUAGCGGCAGCGGCAGUCGCAUCGGCGCGUCUGAUGGCGUGGCUGCUGAUGCCGAUGGUGGUACAUCAUCAUCUGAGAGCGAGUCAACAACAACAACAACAUCGCAUUCAAUUGGUGAGCGGCGUAAAAAAACAGUAGUUAAAUCAGCGGCACAUGGCGCUGCCGCUGAUCAGUCUAAUUCCAGCUAUACGUGUGAUCUAUGUCAACUUUGUUUCGAUUCUCAGGAGUUACUGCAGUCACAUAUUAAAAGCCAUUUUCUGAAUGGGCCGUCGGCGGGCAGCAGCAGCGCCAGCGGCGGCAGUAGCAACAGAAGCGCCAGCCUCGGCGGCGGCACAGGCAGCGGCAGCAGAAGCAACAAUAAUAAUAACAUCGACAGCAGCAACAGCAGCAGCGCCAGCGCCAGCGGCAGCGGCAGCGGUAACAACAAAACCAAAACCAAAAAGUCCGGCUUGGAUGCAAUCAAAAGUGGCAGUGCUGCAACAACGUCGACAGCAACAAUAACAACAACAACAACAACAACAGCAGCAAAAGUUGCAGCUGAAGCAGCUGCAACAACAGCAGCAGCGGACGCUGCAACCAGCUUGAACUGAGCUUGAAAAAAAAUGUACAAAAGCAAAAGCAAAAACAAAACCACACCGCACACAUCCGCAACGCAUUCCAUUGCCAAAUACACACACACACACUCACAUCCUCACAUCCUCACAUUGGCGCACUCGCACACACACACACACUUGCACACGCUCACGCAUAUGUAUAAAAAAAAUAGAGAGAACUGGGUGUGUAUGUGUGUGUGUGUGUGCAAUACAAUUUUUUUUCUUGCUGUGCUAAUUGCAGUGUUGGUAAACUUCUACCGCAUAUUGACUGCAAAAUACAGAUGCACACACACAAACACACACAAGCAGACAUAUUAAGCUUACAUAUUUGAUAUAACAUGAAUACAUAUAUCCGUACAUACAUACAUAUAUAUAUAUAUAAAUAUAUAUAAUAUAAUUUUUUUUUUACAUGUUAAAUUAGUUGGUAUCACAGACAACAGACAGGCGCGGAAGUGUCUCCAGUUUUGAGUUUUAGUUAAUUAAGCGAUAUAUAUAUAUAUAUAUAUAUAUUAAUAUAUAUAUAUAUACGUACAUACGUAUAUACAAUGAAUACAAAUAUUUAAGAGGUUAAUGAAAAAUUAGAAUUGUCAAGCGAAAAAUUACGACGAUGACGACGCACCAAAGCAAACCACAAACUGUAGAAGGCAAAAAAACGCAAAAACUAAAAAACAAAAAAUAGUUAAACAAAAGCUAAAUUACGUUUUAGUUGUUAACGUACUUUAAUUUUAUUAUAUUUUAUUUGUAUUGCUUUUUUUUUUUGUGCUGAUUUUAGUUUCUGGUUUAAAAAACCACCCUGCAGUUUUAUUUUUUCUCUCUUUUUUUUUUAUGAUAAGUGUAUAUAUUUUUUUAAUAUUUUAGUGCGUUGCUCUAAUUUUGAAAUUAUCUCAAGGCAAUUCCAAGUUUACAAAUUAAUUUAAAGUCCGUUCGGACAGCAAAUCGUUAACUCUUUCGACUCGCAUAGUUUAAGUUACAAAACAUAGGCCUACACAAAUGAAAGCAUAUUUAAUUUCACACACACACGCACACGCACACACACGAAAGCCCUCGCCUACGAGCACCCAUACCAUGCCCACCAGAGACGCAUUGGGAAUAUUAUAAUUUUUUAAUAUUUAUUUAAAAUGUAUUUUCAAUAUAAUUUUGUUUAAUUUGUUUCAACAAAAACAAAAACCAGUUCAGCAGAAAAUGAAUAAUUCAUUCAGCACAGAUCGGUCGGAUAUCCAUUCAAGUCUGACAAAAUUUGAAAUAGAAAGUUAACUUUUGCCAUACACGACGCAGCAUUAGCACUUUGCCCCAUUUAAACAUUUAGUAUGUACUGUGUAUAUUAAUUAUUUAUAUUUAAUGAUGCAUUUCACAAAUAAUUCGUUUCAUGCUUCAUUAAUCAAGUAAAUCAUAUUCGUAUGUAUGUGUAUACACAUUCGUAGAUAAAUAAAACACAAAGAAAAAAAAGAAGGAAAAAAAAUAGUGUAUACUGCAUAUGUUAAUUACGCUUACGAAUUAAUUAAUUAUUGCGAUUGCAAACACUUACCUUUUACUUGUAAAAUUAUUUGUAAGGUUUAUGUAUGUAAUUGGAAGCUAGUUUAAAACCAGAUACAAAUAAAAAGAAUCGUGAAUGAAACAAAUGCAUCUGCAUUUGCCGAAUUGAAUACCUUGAA